CAUCAUUUAUGCGAAUAUCCGCUUUAAUGGUAUAUACAAUAUGGAAGCCAAAUACAUCUUAAUUAUUUUUUUAGAUAAAUGAAAAUAUUACUCAAAACCCAAUAAAUCUUACGGACAAGAGAAACGUUGGAGAUAAUAUGCAGGAAGGAAUAAGGAUUGGGUUGUAACUGAUUCAAAGAGAGGAGCAAAAUAAAUGAGAGUUCUCUUUCCCUAUCUCAAUCUCAUGGCGGAUAAAACGGGAGCCCACUUUCAUUUCUUGAACCUUCUCACUUGAACAUUCUUCUUUGGUUUUGCUGCUUCUUUUGUUCAUCCCCUCCUCUCUUCUCUUCCUUUUCCCUUAUUUUCCAUAACUAUAGCAGCUAGAUAGCUAGCUCUAUUCUUUUAUUCUAAUGGCUGUGGCUGUGGCUAUGGCUUCUGCUGCUAAUUGUGUAGUAUACUUUAGCAGCAAAACUAACAACAUUCCUGUCUUUGAACUCAAAAACCAUUCUUGGCCUGCUGCCUUUGUCAACAAACCACCUAACAUUUUUGAGAAAAGAAGUGUCAGAAUGUCAUCUUCAAUGACGAGAUUCAUUCAACGAGCAACACCAUCAGGCACAGCUGUGGAGAAUGAUGGAAGUUUCCACGACACUGAUACGGUUCCAACCCCCAAAGUUAUAAUUGACCAAGACUCUGAUCCAGACGCCACUGUAGUGGAAAUAACCUUUGGCAAUCGCCUUGGAGCUCUUCUGGAUACCUUGCAGAUGAAUGCACUUAAAAAUCUUGGGUUGAAUGUUACAAAGGCAAAUGUCUACCUGGAUUCAUCUGGGAAGCAUAAUAAGUUUGCCAUCACUAAGGCUAAUACUGGAAGGAAAGUUGAAGACCCGGAACUGCUUGAGGCAAUACGAUUGACGAUUAUAAACAACUUGCUUGAGUAUCAUCCAGAAUCAAGUUCCAAGUUAGCAAUGGGUGCAACCUUCGGUGUUGAGCCACCAAAAGAAAAGGUUGAUGUGGAUAUUGCAACCCACAUACGAGUUGAUGAUGAUGGUCCAGACCGUAGCUUGCUAUAUGUGGAGACAGCUGAUCGCCCAGGGUUGUUGGUGGAUCUUGUAAAAAUUAUUACCGACAUCAGCAUUGCUGUUGAGUCUGGGGAGUUUGACACUGAGGGAUUGUUGGCAAAGGCAAAGUUUCAUGUCAGCUACAAGGGUAAAGCGAUUAUCAAGCCUCUGCAGCAGGUUCUUGCUAAUAGUUUACGGUAUUUCUUGAGGCGUCCAACUACUGAGGAGGCGAGUUUUUGAGCCACAAUGUAAGCCUAGCCAAGUUUAGAGCAUAUACAUCAAUGGAUUUUAGAACUAUCCCCAAUUGACCAAGGGGGUGAAUUUUAGAAUGUUCUUCGCAAUUAUCUCUUGCAGGAAUUCUAUAAACUGUAAUGAUGUUGUACAACUAAUUUAUUUAUGUGGUCAUGACUUCAUAAAUCAUACAAAAUAAAAAGGCAACUUUAUAA